AUGACAGAUAAUAAGACUGGUAGUGAUAAUCCCAAUAGUGAAAAUAAAAAUAAUAAUACUGAUACCCAUAAUAGUAGUUCUAUGCCAGAUAGUGAUAUUCCCAGAGCCCUCGGGGUUUGGAACAUUAAUGCUUUAACAAAUGAUAUAAAUAAGUCAGAUCCUUCUACUACAAAUAUAGCAAGUUCAAAUGUUUUCGAAACCACAAAUAACAGUACUGGAUCCUCCCCAAAUUUAAAUAAAUGUAAUCAUAAUAGCAACAAUAACAAUAAUAAUAUUCAAAAUAAUGGAGAGAAAGUUUCUACUACAUCUAAAAAUCAAAUCAAGAACAAAAAAAUAUCUUUAAGUGGGAAUAACAAUACUUUACCAUCCUCAUCAGCUUACAACCACAACCACAACCACAACAACACUAACAAAAGUAAUAGUAAUAGCACUACUGGCAAAAGUAGGAGUAAUAGAAGUAGUGGCAGCAACAUUAACAAUAAAAAUAAUAUAAGUAAUAGUAUCGGCUAUAGUAGUAACAACAGUAGUAGUACCAGUAUUAUGAAAGGUGUGUUUGCAUCCUUAAUCAAAAGAAAUAGUGGGGACAGUACGAAUAGUAGCACUAACGGGAGUAGUUAUUCCUCCUCCUCAACAACUACAUCAUUAACAGCAACAGCGAGAAGAAGGAGAAGAAAAAGUGCUGGCAACAAACAUAAUAGUACCGGUUCUCUGAAAAUAUCAACUCCAUAUAACCCCAAACAUCUACAUCAUGUGGGGAUAGAUGCUAAAACUGGCAAAUACACCGGUCUUCCAGAGGAAUGGCAACGUCUCCUGGCUUCAAAUGGGAUAUCUAAACAAGAACAACAACAAAAUAUAGAGACUGUGAUGGAUAUUGUCCAGUUCUAUCAAAACGAUGUAUCUCAUCCCGGGGAUAAAAUUAUGAAAACUUAUAAACCCAAAUCAGUAACACCAGUCUCUAACACACAACCCGUAUCUAAUUCUUCCACCCCAAGAUUACCAAGUACUGGCUCUUAUAAAUCUUCCAUAUCAAAUUCAUCAUCUUCUACUCCAUCUUUACCAACUCUCAAUAAUAGUCACAACCAUAGCCAUAACCAUAAUCAUACUGCUUACAGUCCUAUGUCCACCCCUCCCUUACAUUCAAAUAUUGUAAAUAAUGAAAAAUUUAUUCCAACAAGGCCCGCGCCAAAACCUCCAACUGUUAAAAAAGCAAAUAUCAACUCUCAACCAUCAUCUCCCUCCAUCUCAAAUAAUAACAACCACAAAGCUACUUUUGUAAAAUCAAACACUCAAACAGACCUAUCAAAUCACCAAGAACAAAGCUCACAAAAAGAAUUACCACCUAUACCAACGUUACCUACAAAGAAUGAACUAGAUAAGAUAAAUACCUCUUCGCCAACACGCACUCAAUUAUCAAAUGAACGGAAACGUGAAGAAAGAGAAAAACGCAAAAAAGAAAUUUAUAACAAGUUACAACAGAUCUGUUCAUUAGAUGAUCCACAUACAAAAUAUGUCGACCUGAUAAAAAUCGGCCAGGGGGCCUCAGGUGGUGUUUAUACAGCACAUGAAAUCAAUACAAAUGUGUCAGUAGCUAUAAAACAGAUGAAUCUAGAAAAACAACCAAAGAAAGAAUUAAUCAUUAAUGAAAUCAUAGUCAUGAAAGAGAGUAAACACCCCAACAUUGUCAAUUUUAUCGACUCAUAUCUAAUUAAACAAGAUCUAUGGGUGGUUAUGGAAUAUAUGGAAGGUGGUUCACUAACAGAUGUAGUGACACAUUGUAUAUUAAAUGAAUCACAAAUCGCCACUGUAUGUAGAGAGACAUUGAAUGGAUUGAAGUUUUUGCACUCGAAAGGGGUUAUCCAUAGAGACAUUAAAUCGGAUAAUAUACUUUUAUCAAUGGAAGGUGAUAUUAAGUUAACAGAUUUUGGCUUCUGUGCUCAAAUUAACGAAUCGAACUUGAAGAGAACAACUAUGGUAGGAACUCCAUAUUGGAUGGCACCAGAAGUCGUCUCAAGGAAAGCAUACGGUCCAAAAGUCGAUGUUUGGUCCUUAGGGAUUAUGAUCAUUGAAAUGAUUGAAGGAGAACCACCAUAUCUGAAUGAAACACCAUUAAGAGCUUUAUAUUUAAUUGCCACAAACGGAACACCAAAAUUAAAGGAACCAGAAUUAUUAUCACCACUUUUGAAAGAUUUCCUUGGUUUAUGUCUUAAAGUAAAUUCUGAUCAAAGAGCUACUGCAGAAGAUUUAUUAAAUGAUCCAUUUAUCAAACAAGAAGCUGCAUCUACAUCAACUUUAGCUCCAUUGGUAAAACUAGCCCGCAUGAAAAAAUUGUCUGAUAAUAUGGAUGAUAAUAGUAACCCAGCUACUAGCAAUAGUCAAGAAAACUUAAUUGCUGAUAAUAAUAAUAAUAAUGAGACAGUUCAAUAA